AUGGAGCGACGAGAGCGGGAUGAAGGCCGAGUAGACUCUGGGGUGACGGACGAGGACUCGUUCGAGAUCCGAUUUCCCGGAAACUCUUCAGACGGUGGUUCAAAAGGUGACCACGACGACAGCGAUAUCAACGAAGAGUCGGCCGAGCGCCUACAGGAACCACGCGGUGAAACAAAGGUGAUGAACACAGCAUCGUGGGUUCAGCUGAUAUCUGAUGUUGGAGAUGACGCAUCAAGUACAAUGACGAAGGAAACCACGAUUGUAUCGGAUGGCAAGCGUCCAAGCGGCGACUCAUCAGCCUCUUACAUUGCGACUAUUGAAAACGAAGGCACAACCACCGGUCCAGAGGAGAUACGCGCUUCGUUAAAGGUGCUGGACACGUUUGCGAGCGUUCGUUUGGGGCCUGGAGUCAAAGCCACGCCAGCGGAGGAGGCGAUAGUCACGUUGGACGAAGGGUACAUAUCAGUAACCCACGUGUUGACAACUGAAGAAAACGAAAUCUCGGAUGACACCGGUAGGCACUACGUAAAGCUGCCGCGCGACUACCGAGGAUUCGUUAUGUCUUUUGGCGGAUCAGCCAAGACCGAUCAAUAUGUGAUCUCUGCGAACGCUUGUCUCCCGUCCACCACGGUGAACCUCGCCUCAUACACUGGGAUGAAUAAUGGUGUCAAGGCAGCUUCAGCACACGGUGCCGAGGAUUUAGUCGUCGUGGGCGACUCAAGGCUUCCGACUCCACAGUCACUAGGGGCAGGUCAAAAGGGGUCUCUGCUUACGGAAAAGUUUCGGUCGGCCAAGUACCGUCACAUAGUAAAGGAAUACAAUGCUGCCGCGGAUUCACUGGCCACCGAAGCUCUCGAGUCCAAGAUUUGCAGGGUCGUGCUUGCUGAAGCUCGUAAAUCCGAAUUGGCUACCCUGAAUCGCAUCCAGGAGGUGAUCUACGAGCCGCAUGAAGAUGAAGGCACGACAAAGGUGGGACCACGUAAUUUGGAGCAUUGUGAACGUGAUCUGACCGGUAGCGACGAUUGUCAGCUGGAAGCUGCCGGAAAAUGCAUUCAAUACGACAUUUCGGGUGAUUUUGGCGAUUGUGGUAAAAUUUGCAGAAAUACCUCGAAGUCAGGCGAGCACUAG